AGUCGUCACAGCCGUGAGUAACCCACCCAUCUGAGUGAGUAGUCAAUGACGUGGACUGUCUGGUUCUGCUUCCCCCGGUGUCGAUACGAACUCAGUGUGUUCGGUCUGGAUACCUGACAGCUUCUUUAGUCGGAUAUGUUUCUGUGAACGUGGGUCGUCCAGGCAAUGAUGAUCACAGCUUACCUCAGAGAAAGGACCUGAGAGAAAAGCAUGGGCAGGAGCGUCUGGGGCUUCUGGCAGAGUGUCUUCUCCACUGCAGUGCUCUAUGGCUCACUGGCCCUUUUUACGUCCAUUCUCCACAAUGUGUUCCUGCUUUAUUACGUGGAGACGUUUGUGUCCAUCUACAAGAUCGAUAAAAUCUCCUUCUGGGUGGGAGAGACUGUAUUCCUUCUCUGGAACAGUCUGAAUGACCCUCUCUUCGGCUGGCUGAGUGACCGCGCCUUCCUCAGCUCUCCUCAGUCAGGCUCUCAGAUCACAUCGCCAGAGGUGGUGCUGAAGCGCCUGAAGGCCCUUUCUACAAAUGGCCCUCUCUUCGCCCUGUCCUUCCUGGCCUUCUGGGUGGCGUGGGCCAGGCCAGGCCUGCAGUUCCUGCUGUGCCUGUGUCUGUACGACGGCUUCCUCACCAUGGUGGACCUCCACCACAGCGCCCUGCUGGCCGACCUCGCCGUGUCCGCCGCCGACCGCACGCGCCUCAACUUCCACUGCUCCGUGUUCAGCGCGUUGGGCUCCGUCUCUGUUUUCCUCUCCUACUCUGUCUGGGACAAGGAGGAUUUCUACUCCUUCCGUCUGUUCUGCUUGACUCUGGCGGCUUUUUCCAUUUUGGGCUUUUUCGUCGUGUCUCGGCUGCUGCAGCAGCGUUUCAACAAGGAAAUCCGCUCAAAGCUAGAUGAGGCGUCAACACUGAAGGAGCUGAGUGUCGGUUUUACUCAAAUAGAGAAACCUAUCACUAUUGGCCAGUAUCUGAAGCAGCUCUCCAAGCACAGAAACUUCAUGUGGUUUGUGUCCAUGAAUCUUAUCCAGGUGUUUCACUGCCACUUCAACAACAACUUCUUUCCUCUUUUCCUGGAACAUCUCUUGUCUGAUAACAUUUCUGCCUCUACAGGUUCAAUCCUGCUCGGGAUCUCUUACGUUGCCCCCCACCUCAACAACUUGUAUUUCCUGACACUGUGCCAGCGUUACGGCGUUUACCAGGUUAUCCGCUGGCUGUUUAUGCUCAAACUGGGACUUAGUGUGGUUAUGCUGCUUGCAGGGGCUGACCACAUUUAUCUGCUGUGCAUCUUCAUUGCUAGUAACCGGGUGUUCACAGAGGGCACCUGCAAGCUGCUGAAGCUGGUCAUUUCUGAUCUGGUCGAUGAGGACUAUGUGGUGAACAGACGUCAGCAGGCCGCCUCGGCUCUCCUCUUUGGGAUGGUCAACCUGUUGACCAAACCGGGCCAGACAUUCGCCCCACUCAUCGGCACCUGGCUGCUCUGCGUUUACACGGGUUAUGAUAUUUUCCAGAGGACACCCAUGAAGGAUUCUGUGUCUGCAUCCGACUCAGGGACUCCGCCUCUCCGUCUGGGCUGUUUCUACAUGUUGGUGUUUGUGCCUAUCACCUGUGCCCUGCUCCAGCUGGCCACCUGGUCUCGCUUCACUCUUCACGGCCGAAAGCUACAGGGAAUCAAGACCCUGCGUCAGGGGACCCAGCAUGGUAGUCUCAUCGAUGUCAAGGCUAUUUAAACUAGAAAAAAGAAAGCACAAAGACACUUUUUAAAUAACCGUUUUUCAUGUUUCUGUGAUGUCUUAAGAAGCAAAAAGCUGCCGCGUCUUCACUCUGCAGCCUUCAUUGUGAAAUUCUGAACAUUUACAGAAUUUUUUUUUUUUUUUUUUGUACAGUAAAAAAUUACAUAAGGGAAGCAUUUUUUACUGAAAUAUGCCUUAUUUUUUAUAUUGGAAUUCAGAUUAUAUUUGUAUUUAAAUGGAAGACCAAAUGCUAACAUUAAGCCAAUCAAUCCUUCUGGGGUUUGUGGACCAAGAUGAAGGUAAUGUCCUAUCCUCGCUGCUCAGUAAUAAUCUAUAACAUCAGCUUGUUAAUCCAAAUCAGGAGAACCUGUUUUACACUGGCUCUACAAGUGAAGUGUUGAAAAAACAGAGACUGGAAUAUAACUAGACUGAAUUCAGAGUGCCAUUGAUACAGCAUACAACUAGCGAUCCAACACAGCUAAUUUAAAAUGUUUACUACACAGAAUGUCCUGCCAGAAACUUGUUCUGUAAAUUUUGCUAGCACUGAAUAUGUUUAGCUUUGUCAUCUGUGUAAUGUAAUGUUCAGUAGGUUAUAUUUAAUUGUCUUUUUCAUUUGUCACAAAACUGAAAAUUAACCACAUCUGUCAGGGCUCCAUGAUAUAGUGACACUUUGACUAGGGAAAGUAAUAAAAAAUGUUCUACACAAGAA